ACAGAAAAACAAAAAAUCCUUUGUAUUAAAGUGUGUAAUAAUACUACCAUCUUGAACUCUGCUUCUUCACAGACUAGGGUUUCUUCUCAGUCGGUUUCUCUCUCGUCCCUCGGCUCCCGAUCACGAGUGAAGCUCCGAUCCCUAUCGAUCGCCGGCUGGGCUUGCUACGAUCAGUCCAGGAAGAACCUUUGGAGGCACAAUCCACCAUUGCUGGGAGUUUAAAAAAUGGCAACUCUUGCUGAUUCUUUCCUUGCUGACCUCGAUGAAUUAUCUGACAAUGAAGCUAAUCUUCCUUGUGAAGACAAUGUCGAUACGGAAAACAUGGAAGAAGACGUAGAUGGGGACAUGGUAGAUAUUGAAAAUCUUAAUUACGACGAUCUAGACAGUGUCUCUAAAUUACAGAAAACACAGCGGUACAUUGAUAUCAUGAAGAAAGUUGAAGAUGCUCUUGAAAAGGGAUCGGAUAUGUCAGAUAAUGGCAUAGUUCUAGAAGACGAUCCCGAGUACCAGCUAAUAGUGGACUGCAAUGCAUUGUCAGUUGACAUUGAGAAUGAGAUUGUUAUCAUCCAUAAUUUUAUCCGAGAUAAGUAUCGGCUGAAAUUUCCUGAGCUUGAAUCACUUGUUCAUCACCCUAUUGAUUAUGCUCGAGUUGUUAAAAAGAUUGGCAAUGAGAUGGACUUGACCCUCGUUGAUCUCGAAGGACUUCUACCCUCGGCAAUUAUCAUGGUGGUUUCGGUUACAGCGUCAACCACUAGUGGUAAACCACUUCCGGAGGAAGUCCUUCAAAAGACAAUUGAUGCAUGUGAUCGUGCUCUUGUUCUUGAUUCAUCAAAGAAAAAGGUCCUUGAUUUCGUGGAGAGCAGAAUGGGAUAUAUUGCGCCAAAUCUUUCUGCUAUUGUUGGGAGUGCAGUUGCGGCAAAACUUAUGGGGACUGCUGGUGGUCUAUCAGCAUUAGCUAAGAUGCCUGCUUGCAAUGUUCAGCUCCUCGGUGCUAAGAAAAAGAACUUAGCAGGUUUUUCUACUGCAACAUCCCAGUUUCGCGUGGGUUAUAUUGAACAGGCAGAGAUACUUCAAAGUACACCCCCUUCUCUAAGGAUGCGUGCCUGCCGGCUACUGGCUUCAAAAUCGACUCUUGCGGCACGUGUUGAUUCUAUUAGAGGAGAUCCAACUGGGAAGACAGGGAGAGCCUUCCGCGAUGAGAUUCAUAAGAAAAUUGAAAAGUGGCAAGAGCCACCUCCAGCAAAGCAACCUAAACCUCUUCCAGUUCCUGAUUCUGAGCCCAAGAAAAAGAGAGGUGGCCGUCGGUUGAGGAAGAUGAAGGAAAGAUAUGCUAUAACGGACAUGAGGAAGAUGGCUAAUAGGAUGCAGUUUGGUGUCCCUGAAGAGAGUUCCUUGGGUGAUGGACUUGGAGAAGGAUAUGGUAUGCUUGGUCAGGCUGGGAAUGGAAGGUUGCGUGUAUCAGUGGGUCAAAGCAAACUCGCUGCAAAAGUAGCUAAAAAGUUCAAGGAAAAGAACUAUGGAAGCAGUGGUGCUACCUCAGGACUUACUUCAAGUUUGGCCUUUACACCUGUGCAGGGGAUUGAGCUGUCAAAUCCACAGGCACAUGCAAAUCAGCUUGGCAGUGGAACUCAAAGCACCUACUUUUCAGAAAUAGGCACAUUUUCAAAGAUCAAGAGGACCUGAGCUAUUCCAAUUAUGAUGGAAUAACAUCAUCAUUAUAUUAUCUUUGAGGGAGAAGUUGAUAUGGAUUGAAACCCCCCUAUGGUUCAACACAUGACGGUUCAGGGUCCCACAUGUGAUUUGUAAGUAAUAGCUGAAUCUAUAUCAUUUGUUGUCCCAUUUGGUGCAUCUGCUUUUGGCGUCAUUUCUUUGUUUUGAGAGUUUGUGCUUGUGUUUAUGUAGUUCACUGUGUGCAGUUUGUGUGUGAAAAUAGCUUACAUAAGAUAAGAAAUAUAAAUGUCGAAAGUUGAAUAUGUAGCUUGAGUUUUGUUCAUACUUGUUCAGCUCUUCUGACUCUUCUCUAACUGGCUAGUGGCUUAUUUAUACAGGAAAAUUAGCCAGAAGUAUGGUAAAUAAUUUCCAUUUAGGGGAAGGACGCUAGCAAAAUAGUUUUCAGCGGAGGUCCUUCAACUUUUUGAAUUGUUGAGCCACAAGGCCAAAACAUGUUUUCACGAACAAAACUACCCUAGGAUAGGGUACCCUAUGGUUGUAGGUUACCUUAAUAUAGGGAAGGGUAUCUUAGGGUUUAGGCACUUUCAUAGGGUUUUAGGAUGCACUUUCCUGUUAUAGGGUUUUAGUGUCUUAGACACUUUCAUAGGGUACCCUAGGGUUUAGGAUUUUAGGUACUUUCAAUCUUUCAUAAGGUACCUAGGGUUUUAGACACUUUCACUAACUUUCAGUUAUUAGUGAACUUUCACUAGUUUUGCGAAAGGUGCAUGUCCUUAUGUUUGAUUGCAAAAGGUGCUUGUCCAAGGUGCAUGUCCUUGAGCUGAAAAAAUGUUAAUAUGAGGGAUUUUUGGCUAAGACUCCCUAUUUAUACCAAGUUAGGCAAUGGAAUUCUCUUCUUUUUAGAAUAGAAAUUUUUUUAUUAAUGAAUCCCUCAUUUGUUUGCUUUUUCCUGACUUUUGCUCUUUUUAAGGAAUCUCUCAUUUACCCAAAAAAGAAGCAUAUAGUUUUUUGAGAAGUUUCAUGCUCUCAUUUUUUGGACCAUGAAAAAAGAUUGGGAAAACUUGCAUUAUUUGCUUACAAACUCUUCCUUACUUUUUUUUCUUAUUUCUUUUCUCAACAAAUCCAAAAUCCAAAAUCAGCAUUGAAGUAAGAGGAUUGUGGAUGCUAAGUUAUAACACAGGUUGUCUGCGUAGAACAUUGGAAUCUUUGACACUUUUAUCAUUACAUGAUAGGUGACAUAAAAGAACCUCUGCUUUACAAUAUGGUCUUAAUAAAUCCUUUAUUUCAAGUAUUCAUGUCUGCCUUUUAGGUUAAAGAAAUAAUGAAUUUAAUUUUUUGUUUUUGAACAAGGCAAAUCCUAUUCUACUACUAAGAAAAGGGGGGAUGGGGCUGGUUGGGUUUGAACCCUCACCUCAUGCAAUGAGAAUAGGGCAACCCUACCACUUGGCUGCCACUCCAUUUGCUAAUGGAAUUCCAUACAGGGGUUAAUUAGGCUUGCAUUCUGGUGGUAGAACUUUGUAUCUGGUUGUAUCUUUACAGUAAGAAUAAAACAGGAGCUUCCUCCUUGCCCAUUCCAAUCCAUUGAUCUGCUCCUGUGAUAGCUUCACAAACUCCUGCCCCUCAACUGGGUCCAAACUAGAAAGCCCACUACUCCUAGGGCAAGACGCAGCUGAGACUUUUGGGUUCCAAACACAGCCUUCCAUUUCCAUCUCCCCAAAUGAAGCAACAAAUGGUGCAUACUGGUAAUUAACUGGGUAUUUUCCCCCAUGAGUUGCCCACUCUGAUGCAUCCCAAAUUGUUGCGUAAACCGACAUGGGUUUUGAUGGGUAAACAGAGGAACUGGCAGAAUUGUGAACAAAUUCUCUAACUGGUACAUUGUCCACUAGAAACCUGCAUUGUUGGUUUAAUGGUAAGUGUCAUUUGUAGUUGUACUAUUUUGACGGAGAACAAAAAACAACACAUUCAAACAAGAAUGCAAAUGAUUAAUGAGGUUAGCUUAAACUUACAUUCCUGGGAGAACUAAAGAAGAGGAGAAAAUAAUGAGCCAAGAAUGUGUUACUCUCCCACAGAAACAGUAGUGCAUUGAAAACCCGGACGUAUAUAGGGAGAUGUUCUUUUUAUAGGCAAUAUAUAGGGAAAUGUUUUGUGACCGUUUGGAGUGCAAGUCGCGAACGGGAUAAUAUGAAUACGAGACAAUACACAUCAUAACCGAAGAGAGCAGUAAACUGUGUAGUUUGUUUUCUUACACUAUAUGGUGACUGUUCCAGAGGAUGCUGUAUUGGUGGAACUGCUGUGUCGAGUCAAACCAGAGGUAAAUCUUCUCUUCUCUCCCUGUGUGGACACUUCCAUUGCCAUAGAUAUUUGUUUGCAUUACCCAGUCUCUUCUCUUCUCAUGACCAAGCAAUUCAAUGUCAAUCUCAUCAUGGUUGUGAGGGUAAAGGUCUGCAUUAGACAA